CUCUCAAAACAUCAACAAAAUGUCCUGGUACUACACGCCUGUUCCUACGGUGGUCCCAGCGGAAGAGUUUGACGCUUCCGCUGAUGCCAAUGCAUUGCGUGGUGCAAUGAAGGGUUUUGGAACGGACGAGCAAGCCAUCAUCGAUGUGCUUUGCACUCGCAGCAACGCCCAGCGUCAGCAAAUCAACGAGCAGUACAGCAGUGAGCUGGGACGGGACUUAAUUGAGGAUCUGAAAUCCGAACUCGGAGGCAAGUUCGAGGACGUCAUCGUCGGGCUGAUGAUGCCACCGGAAAAGUAUCUGUGCAAGCAGCUGCACAAAGCGAUGGACGGUAUGGGUACGGACGAGGAUACGCUCAUCGAGAUUCUGGCUCCGCAAACGAACGAGGAGGUGAAAAAGAUCGUCGACUGUUACGAGGAGAUGUACAGCCGCCCGCUGGCGGAACAUUUGUGCAGCGAAACUGAUGGUAGCUUCCGGCGAUUGCUUACGAUGAUCAUUGUCGGUGCUCGCGAUCCGCAAGGUACGGUCGAUGCUGAUCUUGCUGUGGAACAGGCGAAACAGCUGUACGAUGCCGGUGAGGGUAAGCUCGGUACGGAUGAGGAAGUGUUCUACAAGAUUCUGGCCCACGCCUCCUUCGAUCAGCUGGAGAUUGUGUUCGAAGAGUACAAGAAGCUUUCGGGCCAAACGAUCGAGCAGGCGAUGAAAAGCGAGCUGAGUGGUGAGCUUUACGAUGCGCUAAGCGCGAUCGUGGAAUGUGUCCAGAUGGCACCGCAUUUCUUCGCUAAACGGUUGCACAAAGCGAUGGAUGGAGCCGGUACGGAUGAUGCGAAGUUGAUUCGUAUUAUUGUGUCACGGUCGGAGAUCGAUCUGCAGAACGUGAAGGAUGAGUUCGAGCAGAUGUACAACAAGACGCUGCUGAGCGCUGUACGGAACGAGUGCUCCGGAGACUAUAAGCGUGCUCUCUGCGCCCUGAUUGGUGGUGCCUAAUCGGACGGAAGUGGAAGAACGAUUACGUCUAUUGAAACAGGAAGAUAAUU